UGUAGAAAGUUAAGCAUCACAAUGAAUUCUAUGAUAUUUCUAAGUGGGUUGGUGGUUUUGUUGGCAGCGGUUCAUGCCAGACCCGAGUCACGGAUCGUCGAUGGGGUGAAAGCUGAUAAAGGGGAAUGGCCUUGGCAGCUAGCGUUGUACGUUGGGACGAGGUUCAACUGCGGGGGUUCGAUUGUGGCAUCUACCUGGGGAGUCACAGCUGCCCACUGCGUUGGAUCAGCCCCGAAUUCCUAUCAGAUUCUUGCUGGGACGAACAUAAAUAAAAUCAGCUGUGGGGCAACUGAUUGUGUCAUCAGACAACUCAUCAACGCCACUAGGCAUCCGAACUACACUGGGAUUGGAUUUUUGGGCUUCCCGAACGACAUAGCUUACAUGGCCUGGCAGACGCCAAUAGCCGAAGUUAGCGGCAACAUAAACGUGAAGUACGUAAAGAGGGCCACCACAGACAACCAGAUCGGCAAGAACUGCUACGUAACCGGCUGGGGAAGAAUGUACGGCGGCGGGCCAUUGCCAACUGAUCUCUACGAGGCUAAGGUGGAUGUGAUAUCGAGAGAUCAAUGCAGAAAAAUUUGGGGUGAAAAAGUUUCGGACAAACACGUCUGCAUUCAUGAUUUGAAGGAUUUCUCGUCUGGUUCAUGCAAUGGCGAUUCUGGAGGACCUUUGGUUUGCGAAGUCUCUCCAAAAUCCUGGGAAUUAGUGGGAGCGACUUCGUGGGGAGCUGCCGGAUGCAACACUUCCUAUCCGUCCGUUUACACGAGGAUCUCAGCGUACAACAGCUGGCUAGAUACUCAAGCUAAACCCAAAUUUUGAUGAAAGAACCAAACUUGAUGAUUAAUUAAUAGAUUAACAUAUUUUGUUUGAGCAAUUUGGGAAAAAGUUAUAACGAUUUAAUUAAAUUUCAGUUUUAAAUUAAUUAUGUUAGUUAGAUGAAAUAAAUUUCUUAUCCGCAUCAAAUAGUGUUUGAAUUUUGUUGAAAAUGCUAAAGAUUGG